GUGGAGGGGAAGCAGCUCCGGGUUGCAGGGCAGGAAUGUGCCCUUCCCGGCCAACUUUCGGCCGCCGCAACGGAAGCAGGAACUGGCUAAGCACACAACCCGCGGGCAGGGGGGAGCUGCGGAGCAUCCCUGCCGCCCUCGCCGAGACCCGCGCGCCGAUCUGCAGCUCCUGGCCCGCGAGCGCGCCGGGCUGUUCCCUCGCCCGGGUAGGACACCGGGGCCCCCGGGGCCUGUCGUUGCCAGAGAGAAAUUCCAUGAUCUGUACAAUCUUCUUGAAGCAAACUCAGACCAGAGGGAGGAUUAUCCUUGACCUUUGAAGACUAAGACUAAACUGAAAUUUAAAAUGUUCUUUAGGGACAAAUGGAACUUGACUUACACUUGUGUAAUAAUUUGUUUCCUGACACUAAGGCUGUCCACCAGUCAGAAUUGCUCUACCAAGAGUUUAGAAGAUGUUGUCAUUGACAUCCAAUCAUCUCUUUCUAAGGGAAUUAGAGGCAAUGAACCCAUACAUACAUUAACUCAGGAAGACUGCAUUAAUUUUUGCUGUUCAACAAAAAACGUAACAGGAGACAAAGCAUGUAACUUGAUGAUCUUCGAUACUCGAAAAACAGCUACACAGCCCAACUGCUACCUUUUUUUCUGUCCCAGUGAGGAAGCUUGUCCACUGAAACCAGCAAAGGGACUUAUGAGUUACAGGAUAAUUAGAGAUUUUCCAACUUUGGCCAGAACUCACUCGCCAAGUGGAGAAUUAACCCAAGAAGAUUCUCUCCUCCGUGGCCAGUCUUCACAGGGACUCACUCCCACCCCCGCUCCCGUGACAGGUUAUUCAAAGCCCACUGACAGCUUCCGGAGAGAGGCAUUUUCUCAGAAGGUCGGAUCCUCAGAUCACUUGGAGAAACUAUUCGAGAUGGGUCAAGCGAGUACACCCUUCCCUGUUUAUAAAGAAGAAGGCCAUUCUCAGAGUUCACAGUUUUCCUCAGAGCAAAAAAUAUCUCCUCUGCUGCCUGAACAUGUGACAACACUCCCCACGACAGGGACGGUUGCCUCUCGGCGGAUCACCUCUGCCCCUCCAAAGCCUGCAUCGCCCCCCACCGCCAGUGCUCCCGGGAUACCUUCUGUGACUUCUGAACCAGAGAUGGCCACCUCAGCUCCAGCCCUAGCCUCAGGCAAGUCUCAGCCCCCCACAGCCCUCCUGUCUACCAUUUUGACCCGGGCUGCGGUUAAACCCAAAGCUAGCCUAGCUACAGUAGCUGUUUCAAACACCGUCCCUGAGGCACCCAUGGACUGGAAAAGCCCCCCAGAAACGGCACCCUUUCGAGAAAUUUCCAACCUCACUUUGAACACAGAGGAUGCCCAUAAUAACCCUGCUACACUUUCUUUGUCGACAGUGGAUUCGUCCACUGCUACGCCGCUUUCGUCAAAUGUGGAUUCUUCUCUGAAUAAAACUGCUUCCCAGGAAAAUGGGAAGGCCAGACCCGGUGGUUCCUCCCUGAACAGUGUUCCAGAAAGUCAAGACAGCCUUCCAUUUGAAAAAUGGCUCCUCAUCGGAACCCUGCUCUUUGGGGUUCUGUUCCUAGCCAUAGGCCUUGCCCUCUUGGGCAGAAUGUUCUCGGAAUCCCUGCACAGGAGACGUUAUUCGAGACUGGAUUAUUUGAUCAAUGGGAUCUAUGUUGACAUCUAAGGAGGAAACUAGAUGUCUCUUCAUUCAUGUAGUUACUAGCAGCCCAGACUCAGUGACUUCCUGCUGACUCGCAGAUCUUAGCAGGAUGUCUGAAGCAUCUUGAAGAUAGGCAGAUGCCCCCUACCACUUUCUUUUUACUUGGUUUUUGAAGACAAGGGGAGAAAGGACACAAAUUAGGUAAUUUGAGUGAUCUAUCUCUAAAAUAUUUGCUGAAAACAAAGCUCUACCUAAAGUAAUAAAGUAUAAUUGGCAUAUAAAUUCAAAAAUGACUGGCUUUUUGCAAGGAAAAGUGGUUAGGACUUUUAGGCUCCAGUUCAUUAACAUUUCUGGUUCCAGAUAAAGUCAACUGUUUAUGAUAUUAAUUCUAAUGGAUUUACUUUCUUUUUUAUAUGAAUUCCAAUAAAAGUUAUUCCAGAUGUAUGUCCUUCCAAUUAAAUAUUUGAAUAAAUCUUUUGUUACUCAGUAAUGUUCUUGUAAGUGACACAUCCAGCUGGAUAACUUUCAAUUUAUUCCCACCAACAAAAUGAUUAAAUGAUGAAAGUAUGUGUUCUAAGUUAAAAUGACAACCCCCCCCUUCCCCAUCAGUGAGCAAAGAGGUUCCUUUGGGAGAACUCUAGCAGAAGAUUAGCCUACGUGGAGACAGUGAUAAGUUAGUUCUGAUAAAUAGCCAAAUCUACUUCGGGUCCAUUCUAGUUAACUAUCCUACCCCCGCCCCCCCCCCCAAAGUAAUACAGGAAUUUUCUAAACUUCACCAGGUUUAAAACAUAACAAUGAUAUUUAUAAAUCCUUAUCUAAAUUUCACCAAGUCAAUUUGGGCUUUAUUUGGAAUAACAUUGAAAAUAACAUAACACUUAACAUUAUUGUUAAAUGAUUAGUAUGCUGUAAUUUUUAUGUGCAUUUUAAACAUUUAUUUAUUUUUAAUUCCAAUAAAGUUAACGCAUAGUGUCA